AUGGCAGCCGAAGGCAACUCCCGAAGCGACCUCAUCAAGACGAUGAACUCGCUGCAGGACACGUUCAGCGCCAUCGGAGGCGAGACGGUCGACUUGCCCCAGAUUGUCGUCGUCGGCUCGCAGAGUGCGGGAAAGUCGUCGGUCCUCGAGACCAUCGUCGGGCGCGACUUCCUCCCGCGCGGACAAGGCAUCGUCACCCGCCGCCCUCUGGUCCUCCAACUCGUCCACACUCCCGCCCCUCUCUCUUCCCAGCCCUCCUCUUCCUCCGAACCCUCCUCAGCCAACCCAAACUUCACCCUCCCCUCCUCGGCGGCCUCCUCAGGCGCACCACAAGAAUACGGCGAGUUCUUGCACAUCGACAAGCGGUUCUACGAUUUCGGAGAGAUCAGGAAGGAGAUUGAGAAUGAGACGCUGAGGGUUGCGGGUGGGAAUAAGGGAAUCUCGAGGUUGCCUAUUCACCUGAAAAUAUACUCGCCCAACGUCCUCAACCUCACGCUCGUCGACUUGCCCGGCCUGACCAAGAUUCCCGUCGGAGACCAACCGACCGAUAUUGAGCGCCAGAUCCGAAACCUCGUGCUCGACUAUGUCUCCAAGCCCAACUGCGUCAUCCUCGCCAUCUCGCCUGCGAACGUCGACCUCGCCAAUUCGGAGUCGCUCAAGCUCGCGCGGGCGGUCGACCCUCAGGGCCGCCGCACGAUCGGUGUCCUCACGAAGCUCGACCUGAUGGACGCCGGAACGAACGCGCUCGACAUCCUCACCGGCCGGGUGUACCCCCUCAAGCUCGGCUUCAUCGGCGUCGUCGGCCGGAGCCAGCAGGACAUCAACGCCGGCAAGCCUAUGGACGAGCAGAUCCGUACCGAGGAAGAGUUCUUCCGGAACCACCCGGGGUACCGCAACAUUGCGCACCGCUGCGGGACAAAGUUCCUCGCCAAGACGCUCAACCAGGUCUUGAUGAACCACAUCCGCGACAAGCUUCCGGACAUGAAGGCGCGGCUCAACACGCUCAUGGGACAGACGCAGCAGGAGCUCAACGCGUUCGGCGACAGCGCGUUCUUGUCGGACGGCGCGAACCGCGGCUCGCUCAUCCUCCGCCUCAUGACGCAGUUUGUGCGCGACUUUGUCGCCUCGAUCGACGGCACGACGUUCGAGAUUUCGACGAAAGAGCUGUGCGGCGGCGCGCGGAUCUACUACAUCUUCAACGACGUCUUUGGGCACGCUCUCGAGUCGAUCAACCCGACGCAGAACCUGACGACAGCCGACAUCCGCACCGCGAUCCGCAACUCGACCGGUCCUCGCCCGAGCCUGUUCGUACCCGAAGUCGCGUUCGACCUCCUCGUCAAACCGCAGAUCAAGCUCCUCGAGCCGCCGAGCCUGCGAUGCGUCGAACUCGUCUACGAGGAGCUGAUGAAGAUCUGCCACAACUGCACCUCGGUCGAGUUGCAGCGCUACCCGCGCCUGCACGCUCAGCUCAUCGAGGUCGUCUCCGAGUUGUUGCGCGAACGACUCGGCCCGACGUCCGAGUACGUCCAGUCGCUCAUCUCGAUCCAGGCCGCGUACAUCAACACGAACCACCCGGACUUCGUCAAGGGCUCGGCGGUUGCGGCGCAAGAGUCGGCGAGGGUGAGCAGGGAGAAGCGGUUGUUGCAGCAGGCGGACGCGAAGAAGGGCGGUGUUGAUGCCGAUGGCCGCGCGGGGUCGUCGUCUGAGGAUGGGGCGAGCGGGCCGGAGGAGGAGGACGACGCGGCGGGUACGCAGGGGUACCUCGUCCCGAACGGCAACUCGUCUGCGGGGCGACAACAGCACGGACACGACAGGCACCGCUCGACGUCGUCGACCGUUCACGACCGCACGCGCAACGGUCCCUCGUUCGCCGGCCAGCCGAAUCACCAGCAGGCGUCGCAGAACCAGGCUGCGUCGCGGUAUCCGAACCACCUCUCAAACUCGACCUCUGCGCUCUCCGGCUCGCCCGGCAACAGCAGCACCGCCAUGUCUUCCUCGGCCUACGCGACACACGACCGCCACGCCUCUGCGAAAGAGUCGUUCCUGAACUACUUCUUCGGCGGCAACCCAGCCGGGAUCGGGCCCGGAGGCGACCUCACUUCGUCGCACCUGUCGAGCUCGAGUCGGGCGGCGGCGGCGGCGGUAGCGGGAGCGGGCAACGGCGCGUUCGGCGAGCACAACCCGCUUAGUGGGCGCAAGGGUUUGGAGGGGAAUGCGGCGGCAUUCGAGAUGAAGAGCUUGGAGAAGCACCUCGAGCCGGCCCCGAUGACGGCGACAGGCGAAUUGGCGCUGACGGAGCGUGAGGAGCUCGAGACGAACCUGAUCCGCGCCUUGAUCGCGAGUUACUUCUCGAUCGUGCGACAGACGAUUCAGGACCUUGUGCCCAAGGCCAUCAUGCACCUCCUCGUCAACUUCUCGCGCGAGUCGAUCCAGAACAGACUCGUCGCGAGCCUGUACAAGGACACGAUGUUUGACGAGUUGUUGCACGAGGACGAGGCGCUUGUGGCCGAGCGGACGAGGAUCAAGAACUUGCUGCAGGCGUACAGGGAGGCGUUCCAGACCCUCUCGGAAGUCCUCUAG